CAAUGUCAUAUCAUAUGCCAUUGUCAGUGUCAGUGUCAGUGAGUUUAAUGAUCAAUCUAUUUGGUUUUGGUGUUCUUUUAUUUAUUGAUUAUUUUUAUGGAAAUCUUUGAAAAAUACGAGAUACGAGUAAACUUUAAAAAAACUUCUUUUUAGUUACUUUAGUAUUUUAGAAACUAAUUAUCUCACAAUGAAUUACUUUAGCCUUAAUAAAUUGGUGACGACACUGGGUGUUCGAAGGUUUUUGGAGUUUCGAACGAUGAAGACGAAAACAAUAAUCAAUGCUGAAGGAAAAGAUGUGAUUAAAAAGAAAACUUAUGAAAAUAGAAUAACGCUGAUAAGUCCAGAUAAUUCUCUGAGUAUUACAGACUUGAAAAAUGCUCAGAAUAUAUCCCUUAGACGCGAUUUGAAACUUGUAAAAAUUCAAGAUAUUGAUUCGAAAACUAGACGACCUGUUUACAAACUGAUGACAAACUCAGAAUAUCAUGCAGAAGAGCUUUCUAAAAGGAAAGAAAAGCAGAUGGCUCGCCAGAAUGCAUCAAUAAAAGGGGAGAAACUGUUAACUUUGUCAUCAAGGAUAGGAGAACAUGACCUGAUGACUGGUAUAAAGAAGAUGAUGAAACUGGUAGAGAAACAAUAUGAAGUUAAAGUGGUUAUUGCUGGGGAAGAUGCCGAGGCAGCUAUAAAAUCUGAAAAAAUAUACCAGACCAUAGAGAACCAAGUGAGAAACAUGAGCAAAAUAGUGCAGAAGAGGGUCAAGGGAAACAGUUUAAGGUUUCAAUUGUUACCUGUAAGGGGUAGUAGCACUGAAGGUACUGGCAACACAGACUCUAAUCAAAAUGACAAUAAUAACGGGCCACUAUGACUAGGAGCACUCAUCCUUGUUAUAGUUGUCACAAAAUAUCUGUUGUUAAAUAAAUAUUACUUUCAAAAUAUGGACUCUGAACCACAUAAAAAGUCUAAGAAACUAGAUUCAAAUAGCAGUGGAACUAAUAGCAUUUGAUGUUUGUAUUUUCUUUUUUAUUAAGUAAUUUUUGUGUAAUUUGUAAUUAUUUACAAUACAGAUCAUGUAUUUUAUAGAUUCAAAGUCAAUUUAAUUUGUUUUAGUAAUAAAAUUGACUGAUAGUUUAAAAUAGAAGAGGUUCUAUUAAUUAAUGUAAAUAUGCCACAUCCAUACUUAGUGAUUUGAUCAC